AUGGCGCACCUCAGGUCCACCUUUCCGGGCAUCCGGGUUUGCCUGGUUGUUGGUGUCUGUGGUGGAGUGCCUAGCCCGAAAAAUAGAGAACCAAUAUACCUGGGCGAUGUCAUCGUCAGCACUAAAAUCAUCGAGUAUGAUAUCGGAAAGCAGUACCCAUACGCCUUCAAACCAAAUCAGAUCUUCGAGCAGGAUCCCCACACGGAGCUCUCCACAUAUUUGAAGAUGAUAAAAGGGGAAACGAAUCUCGAGAAGGUGAAAUCCGACAUGAACAGAUACCUCGCAGAGAGAAAGCGAGGGAAGCUCGCUGAUCCAGGUUCCGCCAGCGACAAGCUUUUUCCGUGGAAUUACCUACACAAGCAUCGUAACAGAGAAUGCGAACCCUGCAAAACCUAUUCCGAUGCUAGUGGCGAACCGUGCGCAGAAUCCGAGAAAUUGACCUGUGACGAACUCGGAUGCACCGGUGCAUCGACUCGAGAGCUACAGGUACCGCGGGCCCCUCGCAUACACUUCGGUCAUGUGGCAUCGGGAGAUAAGGUUUUGAAAUCUGGAGCUCAUCGCGAGCAAUAUGCUGAUGAAUCCCAAGUCAUUGCAUUCAAGAUGGAGGGUGCGGGUGUGGCUAAAGAUAUGGACUGCCUGGUGAUCAAAGGGGUCUGCGACUAUGCCGACAGCCACAAGCACAAAGGUUGGCAGCCUUACGCCGCAAACGUUGCGGCGGCCUGCAUGAAGGCACUCCUUGUCCAAUAUCGACGAUCAAAAUCGGCGGUGGAGCGGCCGGUGACCCUACCGGUGACCGGUUCUGAAUCUUCCGAUCUCUCCAGCACGUCAUUCACGUCUCGUUCAACCAGGAAACACCCGAAGAAACAUCAAUAUCGAGAAGCUCUUGUAAAAGCAUUAGAAUUUGACCACAUCGAAGACCGCUAUGACAACAUUAAACAUCCGCACUAUGCAACUUGCCAAUGGUUGUUCACCAACAAUAUUUACCAGGCUUGGUUGGACCAGGAUCGAAUAUCGUACCACCACGGUGUCAUGUGGCUGAAAGGCAAACCAGGUACUGGAAAAUCAACCCUAGUUAAGUUCGCCCAAUCUAAAGCUAGGGAGACGACAAAUGAAGACAUCCACAUAUCGUUUUUUUUCAAUGCUCGAGGUUCGCCGCUUGAAAAGAAUACUAUGGGGAUGUACCGGUCGCUCCUGUUCCAACUCUUCACAAUGGUUCCAUCAACCCAAGAGGUCUUCGACAAUAUUCCCAAUGUUGACCUCCCACGUUCACCGCACUGGUCCUGGACCAUGCCACAGCUGGAAAAUGUCUUCAAGCAUGUAAUUCGAGAGCUCGGAGCACGCCCCCUAUGGAUAUUCGUGGAUGCACUAGACGAAUGCGAUGAAGAUCAGAUUAGGGACAUGGUCGGCUUCUUCGAUCUGCUCGUAAGGGAGGCUGUGAGUCUCAAUAUCAUCGUACGAAUUUUCUUCGCAAGCCGUCACUACCCAAAGAUAACAAUAACCCACAUGGUCGAAUUGAUACUUGAAGACGAAGAUGAGCAUACUUGUGAUAUCGAGCGUUAUAUCGAAAAAGAGUUGAGAACUGCAUACCACACGUGCAGCGACGCGGUUGAAAACAUACGAAAAGAAGUCAAGCGCCGUGCCGCUGGGGUUUUUCUCUGGGUUUUUCUAGUUGUCAAAAUUCUAAAUAAGGCAUAUGAUUCUGGACGUGUGACAGGCUUAGAAAAGAAACUCCAGGAGAUACCUGACGAUCUUGGCAAGCUCUUUAAAGGGAUCCUCACACGUGAUAAUCAGAACAUGGAAUCCAUGCGGCUUUGUAUCCAAUGGAUCCUUUUGGCAACCAGGCCUUUGAGCCGAGAAGAGCUGUAUUUCGCGAUUAUUUCCGGCACAGAACCAGGGGCAAUAUCUCCUUGGACCGUCGAUGAGCGUCCUGCGGAAGUCAUGGACGCAUUCAUCUUGAGUUGUUCCAAAGGUCUUGCGGAAUUAACAACGUCAGAUCGCCCAACCGUGCAGUUCAUUCACGAGACGGUACGAGAUUUCCUCCUCAAGGGGGAAGGAAUGGUCUUUGUGCAGGGACUGUCAUCUCAGUCUUUCCUAGGCUUUGGACAUAACUCUUUGAAGCAAUGCUGUGCCAAUUACAUUUCGUUUGUUCAAGAGGUUGUCUUGGCAGACACAAACUCCAUGCAGGAAAGACUGCCCUUUGCUCGAUACGCGCUAUGGGGGGUACUCUUUCAUGCGAAUGCCGCGGAAGUCAACGGUGUUGACCAAGCAUCUUUUCUCCGGGACUUUCCUAUUCAACGCUGGAUACAACUAACACACAUGAUCCCAUCGGGGAAUGGGCGAUAUGUUGGCCCAGAGGUCCACUGGAUUCCAGAACCGUCAUUUGCGCUUGACUCAAGCUUGCUAUACGUCCUUGCUGAGCAAAACUUUGGGUCGCUCAUCCAAACAGUGCUGCGUACCAAUCCUCAGAUUGAUAUCGAAGGUGGCCAAAUUUGCAGACCUCUAUUUACGGCGCUUGAACAUUACUGUUAUGAUGCCCUCAAUGGUCUUCUGACUUCUGAUCAUUCUCAUGAAUUGGUUAGCGCUGCCGUGCUUUCCGUAGACCCUCCUAAACUAAGCGAACUGGUUGACCUAACCUCCACAUACAAAUGGUGCUACGAGCUCGCAGGUUCUCCUUCAUCGGCGCUACAAUUUUUCUCUCAAUGGGGCACGGAGUCAAAUGUUUGGGUUUUGCUUCGCUCCGGUAGAUUUGACCAGGAUGCUGCCAUUUCGACACAACUGCCUUGUAGUCCACUAUCGUUCGCCGUCGGACGUGGGUAUGACGUACUUGCCGAAUCCCUCCUCGGCAUACGAGACGUGAAUCCCGAUUCUGAAGACGAAUUUGGGCUAACACCACUAUCUAAAGCUGCAAGGAAUGGUCGAUUCAAGAUCGCAACGCUUCUACUACAACACACAAGAGGGGUUAAUGUUAACUCACGAAGUCAUCAUGGAAGAUCCCCUUUGUCCUAUGCGGCAGAAAAAGGCCAUGAAGCAAUAUUCAAUGUGCUUCUGGCCCACCCCGAUGUGGACGUCAAUCUCCGGGACAAUAAAGGACGAACACCGUUGUUCCACGCAGCAGCGUGUGGACGUGAGGCCAUUUUAAGCCUUCUCAAGGAGAAACCCCUUGUGGAUUUCAUAUCGCGGGACAACAACAACCACACCGCACUGUCGUACGCCGUUCUGAACGGCCAUGAGGAAGUUGUGAAACAGCUCCUUGAAUCCAGAAAAGUUGAUGUUAACUCCAAGGAUAGCCUACAUGGCCGAACUGCCCUGAUGUUCGCAUUCGAAUACGGAUACCAGUCCAUUGCGGAGCUUCUGCUGGAUGUACCGGGGAUCGACAUCAGCAUUCGUGAUAAUCGUGGUCGGACUCUGCUUGACUAUGCGCAGCGGUCUGGACACGAGGGUAUGGCAAGUUUAUUGCCCAGCAUCCACUAG